GUGAUUGUUUGCAGAGGGGGCCAUAAGUGAGCUGGGAGUGGGCUAGGCUGAUUGCAAGCUCUUUUGUGUAGAACUGGGAGAGCUAGGCUGCAGGCAUGCGGGAGUGUAUUUCUGUCCACAUUGGCCAGGCUGGCGUGCAGAUGGGCAAUGCCUGCUGGGAGCUGUACUGUCUGGAGCAUGGGAUCCAGCCAAAUGGAAUCAUCUGUUUGGAGAAGUCCUUGGGGCAAGCUGAUUCUUCCUUUGGGACCUUCUUCAGUGAGACUGGGUCGGGGAAGCAUGUGCCCAGAGCACUGUUCAUAGACCUGGAACCCACAGUCAUUGAUGAGAUCCGAACUGGGACCUACCGCUCCCUGUUCCACCCUGAGCAGCUGAUCAGUGGCAAGGAGGAUGCUGCCAACAACUAUGCCCGUGGCCACUACACAAUUGGGAAGGAAAUCAUAGAUCCUGUGGUUGAUAGGACUCGUAAAAUGGCUGACCAGUGCAGCGGCCUUCAAGGGUUCCUGGUCUUCCACAGCUUUGGAGGAGGCACAGGCUCUGGAUUCACAUCCCUCUUGAUGGAGCGUCUCUCUGUGGAGUUUGGGAAGAAGUCUAAGCUGGAGUUCUCGGUGUACCCUGCCCCACGGGUCUCCACUGCGGUGGUGGAACCCUACAAUUCCAUCCUGACCACCCACACCACGCUGGAGCACUCGGACUGUUCUUUCAUGGUGGACAACGAGGCCAUUUACGACAUCUGCAACCGGAACCUCAAUAUCGAGCGUCCCUCCUACCACAACUUGAACAGGCUGAUAGCCCAGAUAGUGUCGUCCAUCACUGCUUCCCUGAGGUUUGAUGGUGCCUUGAACGUGGAUCUCACUGAAUUCCAAACUAACUUGGUGCCUUAUCCCCGCAUACACUUCCCCCUCACUACCUAUGCGCCCAUAGUCUCAGCAGAGAGAGCCUACCACGAGCAACUCUCGGUGCCUGAAAUCACCAACGCUUGCUUUGAGUUCUCCAACCAGAUGGUGAAAUGUGACCCUCGCCGAGGCAAAUACAUGGCUUGCUGCCUGCUGUACCGGGGGGAUGUGGUGCCCAAGGAUGUGAAUGCGGCUAUAGCAGCCAUCAAAACCAGGAGGUCCAUCCAGUUUGUGGACUGGUGCCCAACUGGAUUUAAGGUGGGCAUCAAUUACCAGCCCCCCACAGUGGUGCCAGGGGGAGACCUGGCUAAAGUGCAGCGGGCCGUCUGCAUGCUGAGCAACACCACAGCUAUUGCAGAAGCCUGGGCCCGGCUGGAUCACAAGUUUGACCUGAUGUACGCAAAACGGGCCUUUGUGCAUUGGUAUGUGGGGGAGGGGAUGGAGGAGGGGGAAUUCUCCGAAGCCAGGGAGGACAUGGCUGCUCUCGAGAAGGACUAUGAAGAAGUUGGCAGGGAUUCUGCAGAUGGGGAUGAAGAGGUGGAGGAGGCAGAAGAUUAUUAAACGCUUGUUUUAGGCAUUAGCCUCACAAUGCUGUUCCUUUCAUGGGCCAGGUGUAUCUAGGGUUACUUGCAGUCUGCACCUCAAUGCAUAAUCGAACACACUACCCUCUUUCAUGCUGUAACUUCUGAUAGUAUUUUGCAUGUCAUGUCUUCUGCUUGCCUGUGUUUGAACCUGAACUUCAGGAAUAAAUUCUUAACUGCAAACUCUUCUCCCUCAUUCAGCUAAUUCUGGCAAAACCUGGAGGUGGGAAUUCUAACAGUCGGUAUCCACACUUCAGGCUUU